AUGCUGGGUGAGUCAGAUGCACUUGCAGAACCAGUCCCCACGGCUUGUUUUAAUUCAGCUCCUCAAGGGAACUGUGAGGUGUCACUGGAUGAUGUACUGCUCAGCUCUUCAGCUAGAACUGAUGGUGUCCCCAGCAUUGAGGCAGCUGCAGAAGCUAAGACAGGGGGAUGUCAGACAGGCACUCUUGGUUCCAAAGCCUCUUCACCUCCUGCCUCCAGUGUGUGGACAACACAACCUGAUGGGGAAGUCAGGCUGAGGAUGGAUGAACAAGGCAUAGGCAGCCACCCACCAAAGACUGUUCACCAACUGUUCCAAGAAGCUGCUACUAAAUAUGCUGAUUAUUAUGCCCUUGCAUCUAAAAAAGGUGGGCAGUGGAUAAAACUAACAUACAAGAUGUACUACAAGGAGUGCUGCAAAGCAGCAAAAAGCUUUCUGAAGCUAGGACUGGAGCGUUUCCAUGGAGUGUGCAUCUUGGGGUUUAACUCUGCAGAGUGGUUCAUUGCUGACAUAGGAGCAAUCCUUGCAGGUGGAUUUGCUGUUGGUGUCUACACUACAAACUCUCCUGAGGCCUGUCAUUAUGUAGCAGAGAACUCCAGAGCCAACGUGGUGGUUGUGGAAAACAAUAAACAGCUGCAGAAAAUCUUAGAAAUUCAGCAUAAACUACCUCAGCUGAAAGCCAUUGUCCAGUAUGGGGAGGAGCUGAAAGAGACAAGACCAAACCUGUACUCUUGGAGUGAGUUCAUGGACCUUGGCAAAGACAUCCCAGAUGCUCAGCUCCAUGCAAUCAUUGAAUCCCAGAAGCCCAACCAGUGCUGCACACUGAUCUACACCUCGGGGACAACGGGGCAGCCAAAGGGAGUGAUGCUCAGUCAUGACAACCUGACGUGGACAGCAGCAACAGCAGGACGUUUCAUCAUGCUGACAGAACCCCAGGAGAAGCAGGAGCUGGUGGUCAGCUACCUGCCCCUCAGCCACGUCGCUGCCCAGAUGACAGACAUUUGGGCGGCCAUGACGUUCGGGGUUCAAGUCUUCUUUGCUCAACCAGAUGCACUGAAGGGCACCUUGGUACAGACCCUGCGGGAAGUGAGGCCAACUGCUUUUCUGGGAGUUCCUCGUGUCUGGGAAAAAAUGGAAGAGAAAAUGAAAUCCGUAGGUGCAAAAUCAUCAACACUCAGAAGGAAAGUGGCAGCGUGGGCCAAGGGGGUUGGGCUGCAGACCAACCUGAAGAGGAUGAAUGGGUGCUCUGAGCUCCCCAUGAACUUCCGCCUGGCCCAGCACCUGGUGUUCAAGAAGGUGCGCAGGGCCCUGGGGCUGGAUCGCUGCACCAAGUGCUACACGGGGGCUGCUCCCAUUUCCAGGGAGACCCUGGAGUUCUUCUUAAGUCUGAACAUCCCUGUCCUCGAGCUGUAUGGCAUGAGUGAGAGCUCAGGGCCUCACACCAUCUCUCUACCUCACGCCUUCAAGCUGACCAGCUGUGGCAAGGAGUUCUCAGGCUGCCGGACGCUGAUUCAUAAGCCAGAUGGAGAUGGAGUUGGAGAGAUCUGCUUCUCAGGAAGGCACAUCUUCAUGGGCUACCUCAACAUGGAGGAGAAAACCAAGGAGGCAAUUGAUGAAGAUGGGUGGCUGCACUCGGGUGACCUCGGCAAGCACGACAAGGAUGGGUUCCUCUAUGUCACUGGCAGAAUUAAAGAGCUCAUCAUCACUGCAGGAGGUGAGAAUGUUCCUCCUGUUCCAAUCGAGGAUGCUGUGAAAGAUGCUGUUCCCAUCAUCAGCAAUGCCAUGUUGGUUGGGGACAAAGCAAAAUUCCUUUCUAUGCUCCUGACACUAAAGUGCAAUGUAGAUGUAGAGACUGGGGAGCCAGAAGAUGAUCUCACUCCAGAAGCUGUUGAGUUCUGCCAGAAGCUGGGCAGCCAGGCAACCAGAGUCUCCGAGAUCAUCAGCACCAAAGACAAGGCUGUUUACGCCGCCAUCCAGAAGGGGAUUUCAACAGUCAACGAGGGAGCUGUUUCCAAUGCACAGAAAGUCCAGAAAUGGAUUAUUCUGGAAAAGGACUUUUCUCUCACUGGUGGGGAGCUUGGCCCCACCAUGAAGCUGAAGAGACCCGCGGUGCUGCUCAAGUACAAGGACCAAAUCGCUCAGUUCUACUCGGACCUGGAGGCCCCGACCCCAACGGCCCCGCAGCCGUAG